AUGCAGUGCGACUCCUGUUUAAAAGUUUUAUCCAGCAGAAGCAGUGUAACUCGACAUAAACGGGAAAGUUGUCCACAACGGUUUAAUAAUAAAGUGAAAACGGUGAAACUUUCAGGUGUUGAUACAUCAGCUAAUAUAAACUAUUCGGCUACUGCAGAAGCAACUUCCCGUCCUACCGCAGAAGCAUCUAAUACCCGUUCAGUUAAGACUAGAUCCAAUAUUAUAGAAUGUCAAGAUUGUUAUAAAAAAAUUUGUGGAAGAGGGCUAACAGGACAUUUACGUAGUAAUUCACACAAAAGUGUUAUUAAUUAUCUAGACAGUGGGGUUGAGAAACUAUCAAGUUCGUUUAAAAAUCGUAUUAGUAGUUACCGUCUUACUAGCAGCAAACAUCACACCGACCACUUGGAAUUUUUUAAUGAAAUUGAGGGAAAUGUUUUGAGUCUUCUACAUAACUAUUUACACGAAUUUAAAGUGAUAAAAGUUAAUGUCGAACUUUACUCUAUGUAUACAAUACCUGAAAAAGAUACUUAUGAUUUAAAAUCAUUUAAUACUCAAAAUCAAAUUAUUACUAUUUCUACUAAUCUGAAACAAGCAUAUCAAGAUUUUAUUAGUGAAAUAUUACCCAAGGUUUCGGAAAUACAAGAAAAGGAUUCUGGAUGGAGUCUUUUACAAAUCCAAUCAUUAGAAGUUAAUAUCAAUAAGUACAACCCUCUACGAUCUUCUUCAUAUAUCAGGUUGCCACGACAAAUCGAGGUAAAAAAAGCGGUCAUUAAUAUAAUGAAUAAAGAUGAAGCAUGUUUUGGUUGGGCGGUAAACGCAUCCAUUUUUAACCCGACAGGUAAAUCCAAUCUUACUACUUCUUAUCCGCAUUAUACUAGUCUCUUACAGUUCCAUAAUAUAGAAUUCCCUAUGAAAUUGUCAGAUAUACCAAAAUUUGAAUUACUAAAUAAUAUUUCAAUUAACGUUUUUGGGGUCAGUGAAUGUUUUAAAAAUAAUGUUACACAAUUGGAAAUCGUUGGACCACUGUAUCAUACAAAAUCUAAAAAAUCUACACAUGUUAAUUUAUUACUUAUUUUUGAUGAUAACGGGAAUAGUCAUUAUUGUUAUAUUAAAAAUUUAUCACGGUUAAUAUCAAGUCAAAAAUCACAUCAUAAUGGUCAGACUUUUUUAUGUAAUGGUUGUUUACAAUUUUUCUCAUCCUUGGAACGUCUUCACAAACAUGAAGACAAUGAUUGUAACUUUGUAUAUACUAAGCUUCCAACUACAGACAUGAUUCUCAAUAAAUUUGGGCGUCUACAAAAAGAAAAUAUCUUACAGUUUUCCAACUUUCAUAAACAAAUGCAAGUUCCGUUUGUUAUAUACGCUGAUUUUGAAAGUAUACUACAACCGAUACAACAUGCGACACCUUCUGAUAAUUCCUCAUUCACUGUUAAAACCUACCAGCACACACCAUAUUCAUUCGGUUUUUAUAUUAAAUGUUAUUUUGAUGAUAGCUUAUCACAACUUAUUAUUUACCGUGGUGAUAAUGUGGCUGAAACAUUUAUUCAAAAACUAGAAAAAGAAGUUUACACUAUUUAUCAUAAAUACCUUAAACAUAUUAAACCCAUGAAAAAACUCACAACGGCAGAGGAAUUACAAUUUUUUGAAAGCAAGUGUUGUCACAUUUGUGAUAAACCAUUCGAUAUUAACGAAAUGAAGGUUAGAGAUCAUUCGCAUUUAACGGGGUUGUUUUCGGGAGCAGCUCAUAACGCUUGUAAUUUAAAUUACAAAUUACCAAAAUUUAUUCCUGUUUUUAUGCAUAAUUUAACCAAUUACGAUGCACAUCUUUUUAUAACAAAAUUAGCUCAAAAUAAUGAAAAAAUUGAUGUUAUUGCACAAACUAAAGAAAAAUAUAUAUCAUUUACCAAAUUACUUUUAGUUGAUCGCGGUCUAGAGCAAAAUACAUAUUUAAAAUUAAGGUUUGUAGAUUCUUUCAGAUUUUUACCUCAUUCACUAGAUAAUUUAAGUAAAACUCUCAACGGUGAUCAAUGUCUAGAGUUACGAAAAUAUUGUCGGUCAAAUGAAGAGUUCGGAUUGUUACGGCAGAAAGGUGUUUUCCCUUAUUCAUACUUGGAUAACUUUUCAAAACUUAGUGAGGUAUCUUUACCUGCACAAGAACAAUUCUUCGAUGUUUUAAAAGGUGAAGGUAUUUCCGAUGAAAAAUAUUUACGAGCUAAACAAGUUUGGGAAGUUUUUGAUUGUAAAAAUUUAGGAGAGUACUCUGAUGUUUAUUUAAAAUCGGAUGUUUUAUUAUUAGCUGAUGUUUUUGAAAAUUUUCGGCGUAAUUGUUUAUUUAAUUAUAAAUUAGAUCCUGCUCAAUAUUUAACAGCUCCAUCACUUAGCUGGGAUGCCAUGUUGCGUAAAACUAAUAUUCAGCUUGAAUUAUUAACAGAUAUUGAUAUGCUUCAUUUUUUUAAAAAGGGUAUACGUGGAGGUAUAAGUCAAUGUAGCACUAGAUUUGCUACUGCAAAUAAUCAGUAUUGUGAAAAUUAUGAUUGUUCUAAACCUACUUCCUAUAUUCUUUAUUUAGACGCAACAAAUCUUUAUGGUUACGCUAUGAGUCAAUAUCUUCCACAUGGCGAUUUUCGGUGGUUAGAUGGUGUAGAAAUCACUAAUUUUGAUUGUUUAUCAAUCGAUGAUGAAUCUCCGAAGGGGUAUGUUUUAGAAGUUGAUUUAACAUAUCCUGAAACAUUGCAUGAUCAUCACAACGACUUACCGUUUUGCCCUGAAAAUAUAAUACCUCCUAAUGGUAAAGAUCCCAAACUUGUAUUAACGUUGUUACCGAAACAUAAAUAUAUUAUCCAUUAUAGAAAUCUAAAACAAUGUGUUGAACAAGGGUUAAAGGUAGCUAAAAUUUAUCGAAUUCUAGAAUUUUCUCAAUCACCGUGGUUAAAACCUUAUAUUGAAUUGAAUACGAAUUUACGCAAUUCCUCAGAUAAUGAAUUUGAUAAAAGCACAUAUAAGAAUUACACCAACUCUAUUUAUGGGAAAACUAUGGAAAACGUUGAUAAAAGGGUUGAUAUUAAACUAUUAUCCCACUGGGAAAACUUACCCGGUAGUAUCGGUGCUGAAGGAUUUAUUAGUAUGCCGAAUUUCCACUCAGUUUCAAUAUUUUCUGACAAUUUAGUCGCAAUUCAAAUGAAUAUUUUAAAAAUUGUUUACGACAAACCCGUAUAUGUCGGUUUUUCGAUUUUAGAAAUAUCCAAAAUUCGUAUGUAUGAUUUCUUUUACAACUAUAUUAAAGCUAAAUAUAUGGGUGAUGCAACCCUUUUGUAUACCGACACUGAUUCUUUAAUUUUACAUAUUCAAACAGAAAACGUGUACCGCGAUAUUAAAGAAAAUCUUGAUUUAUUUGAUACAUCUAAUUACCCAGUAGAUAAUAUUUUUAAUAUACCCAAAACACCAUCAGUAGUUGGUAAAUUAAAGGAUGAGUUUAAAGGUCAACCAAUUACAAAUUUUUGUGGUACUGGUGCCAAAGCUUAUUGUGUGACAUUGAGUAACAAUAAACAUUUUAAAAAAGCAAAAGGGAUUUCCAAAAACGUUAUAAAUAAAUCUUUAACAUUUACGGAUUACAAACAAGUGGUUGAUAAUGCUAAUGCAAAGAUUUAUCGUAAAAUGUAUACAUUUAAGUCACAUUUACAUGAAAUGUAUACCGAGUUAAAAAAUAAGGUUGCUUUAACUUCCCACGAUGAUAAGAGGUAUGUUAUACCUGGGGCUAUUAAUACAUUAGCGUGGGGUCAUUACAAAAUAGAUGCCUUUAUACCUGACCAACAACAAAACAAUCUCGAUUAUUUAAUCCAACAAGCUAAACUACUUCUACCAGAACAAGAAAAUAAUGAUGGGCGCGAAUUUUAUGUAGAUAGUUUUGAAAUGGAUUUAUUAUGA